CUCCAGCAUUCUCCUACGGCUUAACUCUCAACGGCCAAACAUUUCUGCCCCGGACGUUUCUGCUCAGUCACCAAUUGACCAUGGAGGCCAAAAUUGUCAAACGAAACGCUUUUUCGUGUGUGGUGCCAAAUAGCCGUAAAAUCUCAAGCCGUACCAUUUCCAGAGCUGGCAGCAUGGACUUCAGCGGGUACCUUGCAGACUACCAGCCCCACAGGUUCAAUUCUGGAACCAUGGCCAUCGGGAACGAAAAGUUUGCCCUGCAGCAGCUGAACGACCGCCUGGCCAGCUACAUGGAGACUGUGAGGAGCCUGGAGAAGGCCAACAGCAAGCUGGAGCUCAAAAUCAGAGAGACCACCGAGAAACGAGGCCCUCUGGAGUGGAAGGAGUACAGCAAAUAUCAUGCGAUCAUUGCGGAUCUGCGAGCAAAGAUCUUUGACAAGAUUAAGGGCAACAUGCGGAUUGCGAUCGCCAUUGACAACGUCCACUUGGCCUCAGAUGACUUUAGGAUCAAGAUGGAGUACGAGCUAUCUAUGCGUCAGGCAGUGGAGGCUGAUAUUGCAAGACUUCGAAAGAUUCUGGAUGACACCAAUGUGAUCCGUCUGCACUUGGAGAGCGACAUUGAAUCGCGGAAGGAAGAGUUAAUCACCCUCAAGAAGACCCGAGACACUGACGUUGCUGAAUUGCGUGCCAAGAUCACUCACGUCGCAGUCCAAGUGGAUGUCGAUGCCCCCAAAGGCCAGGACCUAGCCAGGGUCAUGGAGGAGAUGAGAUCUCAGUACGAGAAGAUCAUCAAGAAGAAUGCAGAGGAGCUCAAAGCAUGGCACGAAUCCCAGAUCACAGAGGUGCAGGUCCAAGUGACUGAGCAGACAACGGCCCUGAAAGAAACCACAAAGUUGCUCAGUGAAACCAGGAGGAAAUAUCAGACGUUGGAGAUCGAGGGGCAGUCGACACUGAGCCUGUUAGAGACCCUGAAGGCAACACUCCAGGACACUGAAAUGCGCUACAAUAUGGAAGUGGAAAACUACAAUGGGAUCAUUCUGAGGCUGCAGGAAGAGCUCACUCAGCUCCACACUGAAAUCCAGCACAAUCGAAGCGAAUACGAGCUCCUCCUCAACAUCAAGGUCAAACUAGAGGCUGAGAUUGCCGAGUACAGGAGGCUGCUGGACGGAGGGAAAGAAAUAAAACUUGAGGAAGCCGUUAGCAAGAAGAAGGUCGAGACCAAAGUGGUGACCGUGACUCAGACUCUAGUGGAUGGCAAAGUGGUGUCAGAGAGUAAGGACGUCAAGACCGGUGUGUUGGCGGAUGUGUAGAAACUGAAAGAAUAAACAGAAAUAAAGCCAUGCUGGGAUGCACUAUCA